UUUAGUCUUUUAAUCAUGCUUAUAAUAGUGUGUGCCAUCCUGGGAGUUGCCAGUUACGUAGCUGGAGCUCCAGUUAAAUACGAACUGGAAUCCAAGACUAAGUCACACAUUACCAUUACUUUGCCCGAAGAUGGCGACUUAAUUAAUUUCAACAUCCUGCAGGACAUACUAGAAAGUGUCCAGGACGCCUUCUUCCACACGUACGGGGACGACAAAGCUGACGAUGGGGACGUACAAGGGUACUCGAAGAAGUCCGACGAUGACGGCGAGGACGGUUACAAGCACUUCGACAGUUAUCACAAAAAAGACGGGGACAAAUACGCGUUUGAAAAGCACUCCGAAUACGGACAGGGGAAUAACCACGAGGCCGACGCCGACGGGCACUCCGGGAAGCUGCAGGAGAGCGUCGAAUAUGAGGACGAUGACGAUGGGGAAGAAUCGAAGGACUCGUAUCAGGUUAUAAAACACAUUAAGGAAGGGCACAGAGAAAGGAGACAAGCUGCUGAUGACGAUGAUGACGAUUACGAAAGUGGUGAACGUCGUCGCAGGAGGGGUAGAUACAGGGCGUCAGAUGAAGACGACGAUGAGCCACGUUACAGAGGAAACGAUGACGACGACGAUGAUUACUAGACAUUACUAAAAAUGUUAAUUAGUAAUUUUUUGUUGUGUAUAUUUUUAGUACAAUAAAGUUAAUUGUUUUACUUUA